CGGCGUCUCUGUGCGUCUGGGUGCGCCUGAGGUCGCUGUUCUCAGCGUCAGCUCUCCUUUUUCCUUUCGAUUUUGGAGAGAAAAUGGAGAAACACUACGCGGACACACGAGUCAAAGGAGUCAGCACAGGGACCACCAUCCUGGCAGCCACUUUUGAUGGAGGGGUCGUGAUUGGGUCAGACUCCAGGGCUUCUAUUGGAGGUGAAUAUGUUUCAUCAAAGACCAUCAACAAGGUGAUCCAGGUUCAUGACCGGAUCUUCUGCUGCAUGGCUGGCUCACUUGCUGAUGCUCAGGCUGUCACCAAGGCAGCAAAAUUUCAUCUGUCCUUCCACAGUAUCCAGAUGGAGACCCCCCCUCUAGUAAUAUCAGCAGCAUCAGUGCUGAAAGAGUUGUGUUACAAAAACAAAGACGAGCUUCAGGCUGGUUUUAUCACAGCAGGCUGGGACAGGAAGAAAGGAGCACAGGUGUAUGUCGUGUCUCUUGGUGGGAUGUUGGUCAGGCAGCCGGUUAUGAUCGGUGGCUCAGGCAGCACCUACAUCUACGGCUAUGUUGACGCCAAAUAUAGACCAGACAUGAGCCGAGAGGAGUGUCUACAAUUUGCCAUUAAUGCUCUUGCUCUGGCCAUGGGCAGGGACAACGUCAGUGGAGGCGUGGCUCACUUGGCGGUGAUCACUGAAACGGGGGUGGAGCAUAUUGUAGUACCUGGUGACAAGCUGCCGGUCUUCCAUGAUGAAUGACACCUUUGAACAACCAAUGAAUUUAUUUUUGUUUUUAUUUUUUACAUUAUAAAGUAUAUGUAUUCAGUCCUUCAUCCACUGUUAUAGCUCCUUGUUGAAAUGGGAAAAAUAAACAAGUUGCUUUUCAAUAAGAAAUGUAAUAUCACUAGGGGUCAUUCUCUUGUUAUGGUAGCAUGUCAGCCAGUUCAUAAAUGUCAAAGAAUUAGUCAUUACAAAACCAAAAAACAAUUAAUUUUAUGUAUCAGAUUUCCUGGUUUUCAUAGUAGCUGUAUGUUUUGUAAAGAUUUAUUUGUCUUGAAAUUAAGAAAUAUAAGCACCAAAACAGGCUAUGUGUUUUUUUGUUUUA